UUGCACACAGACAUUUAUAACAGCUUUAUUCAUAAUUGCCAAAACAUGGAAGCAGACGUCCUUCAGUAGGAAAGGAUAAAUAAAUGUGGUACAUUGAGACAACAAAAUGUUUUUCAGCACAAGAAAAAACUAUCAAACUAUGAAGAGAACUGGAGGGAUCUUAAAUGCAUGGUACUGGUGAAGGAAGCCAAUCUGAAAUGGCCACAUACUGUACCAUCCUAAAUAUAAGGCAUUCUAGAAAAGACAAAACUAUGGAGAGAGUAAAAAGAUUAAUGGUUUAUAGGAGUUGGGGAGAAGAGAAGGAUGAACAGGAGCAUUUUUAGAGCAAUGAAGCAAUUCUGCACGAAGCUACCAUGGGUGAAGAGCUGGUCAACAUUGAGCAGGAUUCUCUAAGGAAAGAAGAAGAAGAAGACAUGGAGGAUGACCAGGACACACAUCAGAAAGGGUAUUUGGAAAGGAAGUACGAUACAGUUUAUGAUUUUUAUAAAAAACACAAAACCACUAUUCGAUACAUCGUUUGGGGCAUUUUACUGGCAGGUUACCUGGCUUUGGUGAUUGCAGCCUGUGUGCUGAAUUUUCACAGAGCGCUUCCUCUUUUUGGGAUCACCGUGGCUGCCAUCUUCUUCGUUGUCUGGGAUCACUUGAUGGCCAAAUAUGAACAUCGAAUUGAUGAGAUCAUAUCCCCAGGCAGAAUGCUGCUGAACAGCCACUGGUUCUGGCUGAAGUGGGUGAUUUGGAGCUUAUUGAUCCUAGGAAUUAUCUUCUGGCUGAUCCUCGACACCGCCAAAUUGGGCCAACAGCAGCUGGUGUCCUUUGGUGGACUCAUAAUGUACAUUAUCCUGUUGUUUAUAUUUUCCAAGUACCCAACCAGAGUUUACUGGAGACCUGUCUUUUGGGGAAUUGGGUUACAAUUUCUUCUUGGACUGUUCAUUCUAAGGUCUAAUUCUGGAUAUAUUGCUUUCAAUUGGUUGGGCACACAAAUUCAGAUUUUUCUGGAUUACACUGUCGCUGGUGCUAGAUUUGUCUUUGGUGAAAAAUACACAGACCACUUCUUUGCAUUUAAGGUCUUGCCAAUUGUGAUUUUCUUCAGCACUGUGACGUCCAUGUUCUACUACAUGGGAUUGAUGCAGUGGAUCAUCAGAAAGAUCGGAUGGAUAAUGCUUGUUACUAUGGGCUCAUCUCCUAUUGAGUCUGUAGUUGCUGCUGGCAAUAUAUUUGUUGGACACACAGACUCUCCACUGCUGGUCCGACCAUAUUUACCAUAUAUCACCAGGUCAGAACUCCAUGCCAUCAUGACUGCUGGCUUUGCUACAAUUGCUGGAAGUGUCUUGGGUGCAUACAUUUCUUUUGGAGUUUCAUCCACCCACUUAUUAACAGCUUCAGUUAUGUCAGCACCUGCAUCAUUGGCUGUUGCUAAACUCUUUUGGCCUGAGACAGAAAAACCUAAAAUAACCCUCAAGAAUGCCAUGAAAGUGGAAAAUGGUGAUUCAAGGAAUCUCCUAGAAGCUGCAACACAGGGAGCAUCCGCAUCUAUCCCUCUGCUGGCAAGCAUCGCUGUGAAUCUGAUUGCCUUCUUGGCCCUGUUGUCUUUUGUGAAUUCAUGCCUGUCCUGGUUUGGAAACAUGUUUGACUACCCACAGCUGAGUUUCGAGCUAAUAUGCUCCUACAUCUUCAUGCCCUUUUCCUUCAUGAUGGGAGUGGACUGGCAAGACAGCUUUAUGGUUGGCAGACUCAUAGGUUAUAAGACAUUCUUCAAUGAAUUUGUGGCUUAUGAGCAACUCUCACAAUUGAUCAACUUGAGGAAACAGGCUGGACCUAAAUUUGUGAAUGGCACUCAGCAAUAUAUGUCAAUUCGUUCUGAGACAAUUGCCACUUAUGCCCUCUGUGGGUUUGCCAACUUUGGUUCCCUAGGAAUGAUGAUCGGUGGACUUGCCUCUCUAGCUCCUGGCAGAAAGCGGGACAUCGUUGCUGGAGGAAUAAGAGCUCUGAUCUCAGGGACCGUUGCUUGCUUCAUGACAGCCUGUGUCGCAGGCAUACUCUCUGGCACCCCUGAGGACAUCAACUGCCAUCACAUUUUAGAGAAUGCCUUCAGCUCCAGUUUACCUAGCAAUGCAACCACAGUGGUGUCUUGUUGCCAAAGUCUGUUGAGCAGCACUACUGCCAAGGAGCCUGGUGAGGUCAUCCCAGGAGGAAACUACAACCUGUACUUUGUGAAGGGCUGCUGCAAAUUGUUGAAUCCACCAACACUGAACUGCAGUUGGAUCCCUGACACAUUUUGAAUUCCACCACUUCCCCAUUGGAACUCUGAGUGAAGAUGUUGAGCUAUUGUCUAUGGAUUAAUAAAUUUAAUCAUGGAAUCAAGUUUAUUUGCAAGGAAAGAAGAAAAAUUAAGAGUGAACCUUCCAGAGCUAUAACAUCUCCCUGCUUCCCUUCCCUCCCCAACACACCUUCUCCACACUAUCACCUACUAUGAUGUCUCCAACUGAGGUAUCAUCUCCACUCUCAACAGUGUCUUCUAACCUUACGUUUUUAAGGCAUUUCAUGACAAUACAGGUUUAAACAAUAGCUCUCAACAACACGGCUGUGACUCAGCCAUAUCUUCUUAGUAUGCUAAAUGGGCCCAGAGUGACUUGUUUUAAAUACAUCUCAGGUGACAUCACUCUGCAUUCACCCUAACUUCCCUGAAAUAAUUUGAACUUGAAUUUCACCCAAAAGGAAGGCUGAUCAGCAAACACCUACUGAUUGGCUAUCAUCCAGAGGUCCUACCUAAAUCCAGAUUUCUUCAGAAAAGCAUGUAGACCAUACCAGAAUAAGGAUUUAAAUUCUGUAAUCUUGGAAAGUUGUAUCAAUCAGUUUAAGUUAAGUUAUACUGCAGUAACAAACAAUCACAAAAAGUUGUAGCUAAAUUUAUCUUUCACUCAUAUUAUGUUUGUAAUGGUCAACUUUGGCUUAAUCUAUAUUUUCUUAAUUUCCAGGAUGCAGGCUAAAGAAGCAGCCUUUGUGUGAGGCAUGCUGGUGUUAGAGAGGGAAAAGAAAGGUAGGGAUAACAUGAUGGUUCUUAAAAUUUCUGCUAGUGGAAGUGACACCAUUCACUUGCCCUAUAUUCCAUUACCCAGAAGAAGUCCUAUGGGAAAUAUAAUGUCUGUGACCAUAGAUGAAUUAUCCUAUCAAAGAGAAGGAUGGUGAGUAUUUUACAAGAAUAAUAUGAUACUACAGAGUACAUGAUAUCUAUUCUUCCUUCAAGGAGUCGACUUGUUACAGGACAUAAUGGUAGGUCUAUUCAUGUGCAAAUUUAGUAAUAUUCCUGGUGACAAGACUGGAAAGCAAUCUUCAUUCAAAAAAAAAAGCCAUAUAAGGACUAAUCAAGAAGAAAAAUAAGUUCUUGUUCAGAUCUGAACAACUUCAUUAAUAUUUCCAUUGACCAGAGAGGUGUCAACAUCAAAUUUCCUAACUGGGUCUCAGAAAAUGUCAGAGAUGAUGGUGCUUUCCUUUAAUGACAUGCUCAUCACUGAUGCUCUUAAUAUUCCAAAGAACACAUUGUGUGAGAAAACACCAAUGCCUCUGAGUCAAAAAGUGACUCACAGAGAAGAGACUCUGAAUGUGACAAAGUUCUGAUACCUUAAGCAAUUUGUUUCUUUUUUUUUUCCUCUGUUCAUCCACAGAAGUUAUUAUUUUUAAAAAAAAAAAUCAUGAGUAAACAGUUGUGUUGUUUUGCUGUUCUUUUGGUUUUGGGUUGUUAGAUGUGAAGGAGUGAUCUCAAAGGACUCUUUAUCCUUGAAGUAAAUAUACCAAAAUAUUUCUAAUUUUUUAUUUGUAUCCAUUUUUCUUGGGAUCCAAUAUGCCCUUUCAUUCUUUACACUUUAUUUUAGGAAAAUAUAUUUGCAUGUCUUUUUGGUUUCAGGCUUCAUUGUAACAUAGGACAAUAUGUCAACACUGCCAAUAAUUCACAUGUUGGUUCUCCUUUCUCAGCUAUGGCUAUGUAAUGACAAAAGAUAGAGUUUAAAAAUUGGUUGGCUUUUAGAGAGCCUCGGGAAUGAAAUAGAAUAGAAGAAUCCAAAGAGUUAAAAAGAAUUAGAAAAUCUUUUGUCAUUACUAUUCUUUAAAUAUUUGUAACUCUCCUCUAAGCUUGUUUUUUUUACAUAAUUGCUACUCUGCUUAUUAUUAAGUUUGUGUUUUCAAAUUGUAAAAUUAGUCAUCUUUAAUAAAAAAUGAAGAUUGUAUAAACAUAUUUCUCCCCACCCUGUUUACCUGGCUCUUCUGCCAGUACCACACCCCCAGGCUGUCACUGUUAAUUGACUAGCACACACACCUUUCUCCUUGCUUAUACAAAUGGUUUAUUAGAAUGCAGGGGAUUUAUUGUUGGUGAACAAAUGGAAUGACUCUAUUUACACAUUAUCUUUAACUUCCUUCUUUUUAGUUGGCAAUAAACAUGGACAUUCCUGCAAAUUA